AUGUCAAGUCAAGCUUCAUCGCUGACGUUCGAUCCAGACGACCCAUAUGAUGCCAUAUCCUACCGCAAGUUUCAGGACGAGGCUGAGGAGUUUAUGCGCUUCAUCGAGUUGAUCACGCCCGACGACCUUGGGCGCCGCAUAGACGACGACGAGAACCUCGAGGUCAUCCGCUCGCCGGAGCCGUACGAGAAGCUGGGCGAGAAGACUGAGGCCUAG